AUGUGCAAGAGACACUGGGAUGACUGGGAUGUUGCAUUUAAGUAUCGUUUGGAUGCUGAAGACUUAUUGAAAAGGCUUAAAGGGGGUGAUGACCUGCUGAGCCCAGCCGAGGACCUGGGUCUGAAGUGCCUUGGUUUGAAGCAUUUUGACCCUGGCAUUGGGCAUUGUGGCAUGGAAAGGUGGGACUGGACACUGCAGAAUGGAUUCAUCCCGUUCCAUCAACAAUGUCUCCACAGGUCUCCUAAGUCUUCCCUCAUCCCGUGGCGAUUUGUGAAUCCCGGGGGUGUAGAGUUUACCUGCUGGCUGAAGGAUCACUUGCAAGAGCAAAUCAGCAUCAUGGCAUUGCUGCCUCUACACGGGGACAUGUGCCUUGGCUUGGAGCAAGCAGGUGACGGGGAUUCUGCUCCCGGCACGGCACCCCUGACAGACGAUGGCUUGGCACUGGUGGCAGCAAGGAAGAACACCGAAGACAUGAAGAACUUCCUGAAGCGUGCGGCCAGUGCCAGCAAUCGCUACAGAGCCCUUCCACUGGACCACUCGAAUAUGCACUGGGCAGCAUAUUUUGCAUGGGAUGCGGCACCGCUGGACAGAACCUUGGAGGAGGCCCUGGCUGAGAUGGAGCUCUAUCUCACCUCGGAGCGGCCGAUGGUCACCUUGUUCUCGACUACAACCACGACCUUGCCAACGGUUGCUGGGCCUCGGCCCAACAAUUUUCCGCCUUCAUUGGCCUGUGCAGCAAGAAGCGUCAGCUUUGGGCCGUUGGACAUGCCGGGCUCCAUGGCCACCCCGACGGCAAACCUUGAAGAAUGCCAGCUGAAGUGCCGGAAAACAAAGGGCUGA